GUUGCUUCUAGGCUCACUUCAAGGUAUCCUGCACGCCGAGCAAGACCAAAACAUCAGCCCCCCCCCCCUCCCACACACACACACGCACUGUUUACAAGACAAGAAGACACUCCAGAACGCUCGAGUGCCACCAAAAAAAAACGUGCCGAGCACCGCAAGGCAUCUGAUGACUCAAGCGGUAUUCUGCUACAGCACCAGUCACUAGCGCUGCCUGAUCCUGCUGACUCCGUUCAGCUUUCCGUAGACGCGGUGGUGGCCAUACCUGCACCACUUCGACCAGCACCUCGACCUAAGAGAAAUGCGGCUCAAAAACAAUCAAGAUCUACAGAGGCUAUCGCUAUUGCAAGUCAUGGUACUCCAGCAAAACAUUGCCUACCGCUGCAGCAGCAAGACAGUGCUUACGAUAACACCGAGGGCUGAGUGGCACGUAGAGUGCGAUCACAGCUGUCGCCGAGGUGUUGUGGUAAAUGGCAGGCUUGCCAAUGAAACGGACACCAUGAAGAAGAUGACAGAUCGACUAGCUACGGUGAAUCCUGGGAUGCCAGACGGUGACAUUUGGGACCAAGCACUGGGUCGACACAUGAAGAACGAGCGUAUCUCGAAAGAAGAAGCUGCAAUCGCAAUGGAGCUCGCGUCAGCUGAAGACCUAGCUCAAGACAUUAACGAGUACGCUGACACGUAUGAUUUUUUGAUCGACUGGGACGGCGACCAGGGUAACGACGAGUGGAGUGAUGUAGACAACACAUAG